UCCUCCUCCUGCUGCUCCUCCUCCUCGCUCCCAGCACCUCCCCGACCUCCCCCUCGGGCGCUCUCGCGCUAACUGCGCUCUUCCGGGGCCCCUCUGCCCGCUUCCAGCCAUGGUGCUCUGGCGCUCGGCGUUCUUCAUCUGCCUCGCUUUCUCCUUGGCCACUCUGGUCCAGAGAGGAUCUGGGGACUCUGAUUUACGUCUGGAGGAUGCAUUUGAAGAAACUUCCUCAGUAAAGCAGAGAUGGGACCAUGGCACCACUACAACCAAGAGACCAGUAGCAACCAGAGCUCCAGCCAAGCCUGCAGAUAAUGAUUUUAACUUGGCUGAUGCCUUGGAUGAUCGAAAUGAUCGAGACGAUGGCCGCAAGAAACCAAGCGCAGGAGCAGGAGGUUUUUCAGACAAGGAUCUUGAAGACAUACUAGGUGGUGGGGAAUACAAACCUGACAAAGGUGAUGGUCGGUAUGGCAACAAUGACGACCCUGAAUCCGGAAUGUCGGCAGAGGCUGGCACAAUAGCUGGCGUGGCCAGCGCCCUGGCUAUGGCCCUGAUCGGCGCGGUCUCCAGCUACAUCUCGUAUCAGCAGAAGAAGUUCUGCUUCAGCAUCCAGCAGGGUCUAAAUGCAGACUACGUGAAGGGAGAGAACCUGGAAGCCGUUGUGAGCGAGGAACCCCAAGUGAAAUACCUGACGCUGCAAACGCAGUCUGCGGAGCUGCCGCCCUCCGACGCGCCCCGGAUCUGAGGGCCCCGCUCCGCGGCGGGCGCACACGGUGCCACCGCUUGCGACCGGCUCCUUGUUUCCUUUGGACCCCCCGCUGCCGUACUGCUUCGCUGUCGUCAUUGGCUUCUCGUCUUAAGUUUUCCAGAAGAGCUGUGGGUGUGUGUGAGUUUGGCUUCCGUGCCGGCCCCGCCACAGGGGCCCUGAAGCCGCUCGGUGUGGAAUCCGAGAGCCGGCUCUGGCGGAGAGCCAGCACCUGCCUCGGAGUCGCCGGGCCGCCACCCCCCAGGGCCAGCCUGUGCCCGGGCCUGAAGGAGCUGGGGGCUGGGGAGACUGAGAUGACAGAGGGCGGGAGGACCUUUUUGCUCAGGGGAUGAGACUCUGAACCCAGGGUCGUGUGAUCCCCCACACGCUGCGUUGACUCAGCGUGGCCCUGGCAGUGGCCUCCAAGUGCUAUGCGUAGGGAUCCAGCAAGAACCUGGUUUGCUUGGAGCAAACCAGCGAGCAUCAGGUAACCACACACACACACACACACACACACACACACACCACCCAGUGGGGGUCAGGGGGUCCGGGAGCAGUGCGGGGCGGGGGGCAACUUUCAGCCCUUCUUUCCGGUCCCAACGUUUACACUGCUGGGCUCCCAGACAGCUGCUCCAAGUGGUGGCCUUUCAUUUCUUGAAGGGCAAACAUGCAUGUUUGGAUAGUCCUACCCUGAGAGUUUAGGAACCUUCUGGACAAGUAGGAAGCUGUGACUCUCAGGUCUAAUUCUUGGUGCGGUCUCCCGGCUGAUGUGAUUAGUUUUUAGGAAUCGUUGAUGCAUUGAAAUGAGUGCUCCCCUUCCACUCUGUAUUCUUGUUUUAGCCGCAAAAGCUACAGACCUCAAGGACGAGCAGCGAAGCCGGAAGCAUGCAUGUUGUUUGCUUGAAAUUGUAUUUGAUGUGGCAGGGGGAUGGGGAAAGGGACGUCUCCUUGGUUUACUGAAACCUGCCUGAGUCCGUGUGUCCACUUAUCCUGCCUGGCCUGUUUUGAAGAGCCUUUGGGGUGUUAUGCUCACUGCAGUAAAUACCAGAACCCAGGGCCUGGCCUGUCACCCGGCCCGGAGCUGUCUGGUCUGGGCUAGCUCCCUGAAACGUUCCAUAUGGCCCCCAUGUGGUCCUGUCUCCGGGAGCUCUGCUGAGGCCGAGCUAAAGUGUGGAGCCACCAUCUACUGAUAAUCAGUGUGUUGUGUCCAAAAGCACUUCCAGAAGCAUAGGUCGGCAGGAAGGCGGGGUCCUAUGGAUACGACUGCACGCGCCCCCUUUCUCCGCAGACAGCCCCAAGCAUCGUACGGGCUGUGUGUUAGCGCCCUGGCGUCGGCUGAGCUGGGAUGACAAAACGGUCAAAUCGGGGCGGGCCCUGCAGGUUGUAGAACACACACCUCGUGUGCCGGGGUUAGCAGCUGUCGUAAAAACACAUGUGGGAUGGGCCUCUGCUGCAGCGCGCAUCCGCAGGCUGCCCCGCAGACCCAUGUCCGCGUGUGUCCGUGGCCCUGAAAGGCCCCUUCCCCCAGCGCGACCGUGUGCGUGCGAGGCGGGUGUGUGGCACUGAGGAGACCCCUCUGCGUAGAGCCUCGGGGUCGUCGACUUGGCCGGGCUCGUCCCUGCCACGGACGGCGAGGGCCGACGGCCCCACCCCUGGCUGGUGCUGGGCAGCUGUAGAGGGUCUCUGGAUCCCUGGCCUGCCGCCAGCCAGUGUCCUAGGUGGUAGGACUUGGGCAGGGAUCAGGGCGGUGCUGGGCGGCUCCCCCGGUCCGGAUGGCUGCCCCACGAGGUCCCCGAGGCAUUUCAAAGGAAGAAAAACGAGGCAGUGGUCGUGCGUGGUAAAUUCUCUCCCUGCCGCGGGGAAGUCCGAGAAGUCAGUCAUGGUGGUCCGGAAGGAGGCUGCGUGUGUUGUGCCCCUGCCCCCCGUUGCCAGCUGUGACUCUAUAGGGAGGCUUCUGUGGCGGCGGAGACCCUGCACUCCCACCGCUCUGAUGUACAGUCAGUGCUGCGUGCGAGUCCCUUCGCUCACAGCAGCGACUUCAGUUAAGAGACCUGUUUUUCGCUCCCUUGCGAGAACGGCCGUAGCCCAGCGCCCGGCCCUCCUGGUGACGGGCUGGGCCUGGAAAGUCACUCGGUCACCUGACUGCAGAGCUCCCGCCCCUUGGGGUGCUGGGCACCGAUGCCCGCAGAAGCGUCGCCUCUUGGAACCGUGUCUAUUUGAACGUUGCGUUGACGGCCCCGGGCCUGCCCCAGAUGAUGUGGAAGCCUGUGGGAACUAGAAGGGCCAGUGGAGAACACGUGACUCGUUUCAGCUUAACCGGGCAGUGGGAGUGCAGUGUGGAUGACCGAGUGCUGAGCGCGGGAGGAAGGGCGCAUGGCCGCUGGCUGGUGGGGUGCCAUGGGGCCCGCCGAGCUGGGAGUGCCUGUGCGCUUUGUCCGAGGAAGAAAUGGAGACUGGCUCAGAAUCCUCUGUACUUUUUGUGUGCUUGUGUUUAAACGUGAAUUGUCAACUGUCUUGUGUUUGCAUUAAACAAAAUGGAACCUAACAGCUCA